AUGCGUGAACCGAUUGUUGCUGAUCCUGCACACGGCAUCGAGUAUGCAAAGACGGUGUGGCAAAGGGGCUUUGUUAUUUGUUAUUUAUGGGGAUCACCUUCCAUUAAUAUUGUGCGUUGUAUUGGUGCUCCGAUGCAUGCGGCAACGUGCGCGGAUCAAGCCUUCCCCGCACAGUCUUCCUCCAGCAUGCGCCCAACGCCGACAUGUCUGUACUUGCAAGGCUCUGACUGGUGA